GAAGGCACUCGUCACCAGACAAGUUAUAAGACAAAUUCGAAAUUCAACAGCAAAGACAUUUCGGAGGGUCGAUGGUGGACGUGCUGAUGGGGACUGGAAAAGGAUUUUCUUCUCUGGGAUCAGACAUAAUGGGGAUGGCGCAAACAAAAGCACAUCGCAAGAAAAGGCAAGUGGCAAUUUUCAUUAUAUGGAUGCUUUUGUGGGAAGCCAGUUCAGAAUCGAUUCAAUAUUAUGUAUUGGAAGAGUCAGAAACUGGCACAUUUGUGGCCAGUUUGUCAAAGGACCUGGGACUCAGGAGAGGAGAACUGGCUGCACGGGGCGCCCAGGUUGUUUUCAAGGGGAACAGACAGUAUUUGCAGCUUGACCCAAAGACCUAUGAUUUACAGCUAAAUGAGAAACUGGACCGGGAAGAGCUGUGCGGCUCCACUGAGCCAUGUGUGCUACCUUUCCAAGUGUUACUGGAAAAUCCCUUGCAGUUUUUUCAGGCUGCUUUACGAAUCACAGAUAUAAAUGACCACGCCCCAGAGUUCCCCACCAGAGAAAUGCUACUAAAAAUAUCAGAAAUUACUACACCAGGAAAGCUAUUUCCUCUGAAAAUGGCACAGGAUUUAGACGUGGGUAGCAACAGUCUUCAGAGCUACACAAUCAGCUCCAAUCCUCAUUUCCACGUUCUCACUCGCAAUCGCAGCGAUGGCAGGAAGUUCCCGGAGCUGGUGCUAGACAAAGCACUGGACCGCGAGGAGCAGCCUGAGUUUAGGCUUACCCUCACAGCGAUAGAUGGUGGGUCUCCGCCCCAGUCUGGGACCACGGAGAUUCAGAUCCUGGUCUUGGACAUCAAUGACAACGCUCCAGAGUUUGCUCAGGAGCUCUAUGAGGCACAAAUCCCCGAAAACAAUUCCCUGGGCUCUCUGAUUAUCACUGUCUCAGCAAGAGAUUUAGAUGCAGGAUCCUUUGGGGAGGUUUCUUAUGCCCUAUUUCAGGUAGAUGACAUUAAUCAACCCUUCGAAAUAAACGCAAUUACAGGAGAAAUUCGACUGAGAAAGACUUUGGAUUUUGAGGAAUUUCAAUCUUAUCAUUUGGAUAUUGAGGCUACAGAUGGCGGGGGACUAUCAGGAAAAUGUUCUUUAGUCAUCAAGGUUCUGGACGUAAAUGACAACCCUCCUCAAUUGACCAUGUCCUCAUUCAUUAGUCCCAUUCCCGAAAACCUGCCAGAAAUCAUAGUAGCAGUUUUCAGUGUGUCAGAUGCAGAUUCCGGACAAAAUCAACAGGUUAUUUGUUCUAUAGAUGACAAUCUGCCCUUUCUUCUAAGACCAUCAGUCGAAAACUUCUACACCUUGGUAACUGAAGGAGCACUAGACAGAGAGAGCCAGGCGGAAUACAACAUCACCAUCACC